AUGUUGGUAAUAAGUAACAAGAAAUUAGAUUCAUCAAUUCUUCAAGAAUAUGGAGUGUUAAAAAACGUUUUUCUUGAUAAAACCACUUUGGAGUCCCAAGUUGAAUUAUUAUUAAAAACCAAACAUGUUACAAGUAUGGAAAAUGUAAAUACUUGGCUAUUAAAAGCAAUUUCAUUAAUUGAUUUGACUACACUGUCAGGUGAUGACACUAGAUCUAAUGUUUUUAGAUUAUGUUUAAAGGCUGCAUAUCCACUAUCAACAUCAAUUUUGAAAAGGUUAAAAAUUAAUGAGGAGAACAAAAUUAGGACAGCAGCUGUGUGUGUUUAUCCAACGAGAGUACCUGAUGCCUAUGAUAUCAUUAAGCAGAUGGGAUUAACUGAAACUAUAAAAAUUGCAUCCGUGGCCACUGGAUUUCCGUCGGGAUUGUAUCCACUAGAAUCCAGGCUACAAGAGAUAAAGUUUGCAGUUGCUAACGGCGCCACGGAAAUCGAUGUAGUGAUGGACCGAAGUUUAGCAUUAAUGGGCAAAUGGGACACUCUGUACAGCGAAGUUGAACAAAUGCGAAAAGCAUGUGGCGAAGCUCAUCUGAAAGUGAUCCUCGGGGUCGGGGAACUUGGCUCAUAUGAAAAUGUAUACAAGGCUGCAAUGCUGUCAAUGGCCGCGGGGGCGGAUUUCAUUAAAACUUCAACAGGAAAAGAAGCAGUCAAUGCGACUCUACCGGUCGGCUUGGUGAUGUGCCGAGCGAUUCGCAACUUUUAUCAAAUAACCGGAGUUAAGGUUGGUCUCAAACCGGCUGGCGGUAUAAAGACGGCGAGAGACGCUAUUAACUGGCUCCUUUUAGUACACAGUGAGCUGGGCCCAGAAUGGCUUUGCCCUGAUCUGUUUAGGAUCGGCGCCUCCAGUCUGUUGGGCGUUAUAGAAAAGCAUCUGGAUGAAAAUCUUCCACGAGCACGU